AUGCUCAAAAGAACUGAAACUCGAGAUGAAGGAUUACAGCAGAAAAAGGAGAGAAUGGGUCGUGGAGUCAGUGCUGGUGGGGGACAGAGUUCUUUAGGAUAUCUUUUUGGAGGUGGAGAGGCCCCUAAUGCUCCGAACGGUUCAAAAAACGAGCCUUCUCCUAAGCUUUCUGUUACUCCCCAACCUGUGGAUAUCAGUAAGCAGACUCCUGCAGGCAUACCUGGUAGCGCCAUAAACAACUACCUUCGAGCAGAUGGACAAAAUUGUGGCAACUUUCUAACGGAACGCCCAUCGACCAAGGUCCAUGCUGCACCUGGAGGUGGCUCUUCCUUGGGUUACUUAUUCGGUGAUGGCAGCAAAUGA